AUGGGAAAAGUAGAAGAAGAAAAUGAAACGACCGUGACUGAAUUUCUUCUGCUGGGCUUUGGGGAUCUUGGGGAUCAGCAGUGGCUUCUCUUUUCGGUUUUCUUAGUGAUUUACAUUGUGACGAUGGUGGGGAACAUCCUCAUUGUAACGCUGGUUGUGGCUGACCACCACCUUCACACUCCCAUGUACUUCUUCUUGGGCAUUCUGUCUUGCUUGGAGAUCUGCUACAGCUCCAAUAUCCUUCCUGUGAUGAUGACUAAUCUAUUUCAUGGGGGCCAAGGAACCAUUUCCAUUUGGGGCUGCAAGACACAAUAUUACUUUUUUGGUCUCUUGGCAGCUUCAGAAUGUUAUCUCCUAGCAGCGAUGGCUUAUGAUAGGUAUGUAGCAAUAUGUAAGCCUUUGCUGUAUGUGGUCCUUAUGAAUGGUAAAGUGUGUCUCCGCCUAGCAGCUGGAUCUUGGAUAAGUGGUUUCUUGGGUAUUAACACAACGCUAUAUAUAAUGCACCAACUCACCUUUUGUGGUCCCAAUGAAAUCAACCAUUUCUUUUGUGAUUUUAAUCCACUCUUAAAGCUGUCCUGUGGUGAUACACGUACCAUCCAACUUUUAACGUUCCCUCUAGCUGCUGUGUGUUCCCUCCUCCCAUUUUUGUUGACCCUGACAUCGUACGGCUACAUCGUAUCUGCCAUUGUGAGAAUCCCAUCUUCCGCUGGGAGGCAAAAGGCCUUUUCCACCUGCUCGUCUCACCUCAUUGUGGUGUCCGUUUUCUACGGCACCAUUGUGAUCGUUUACAUGGUGCCCAGGACAGAGGCGCUGCAGGACCUCAAUAAAGUUUUUUCACUUUUUUACACAGUCCUGACCCCUUUGUUCAACCCUCUGAUAUACAGCCUGAGGAACAGGGAGGUAAAGGUAUCCUUCAGAAGAACUGUAGCUAAGUUUUGUUCAUAUAAAAGAAUAUAG